AUGUGGCAGACCUGCGAGCAUGAGGGCGACAACUUCCAGGUUGCGAGACAGGGCUCCCACCUGCUCCAAAGGUGCAGAAGUGCGCCGGCAAAAGGGAGGGAGAAGUCACACCAGAGGUCGAACGUCCAGUUGAAGGAUUCUUGGCGUGGCCUAGAAGAUGAGCUUGCUCAAAGGCUGCAGCUCUUGGAUGAGAUCUUUGACUCCCUGGACGAGGUGCCUGGCAAGCAAAGCUGUCCAGGUGUUGGGAGACCGAAGAAGGCGGAGAGAGCGGAGAUCGGCUCGGAGCCGAAGAGCAGACUUUCAUCAUCUUUUAGACAUCUCUAUCGUGCCAGUGGCGACCGGCGUGCAGCAAAAGCAUCGGCAAAGAGACCGGUGCGCAGCGCGUCAGCUGCAUCGGUCCGAGAUGUCCAAGUCGCGCCUCUCAGCAAGGUCCCAUCGUUGAAGCCCUUCAAGGGCCUCAAGGGCCUCAAGGGCGUAACCUCCCACGGCACACUCCGUGCAAGUGGUGCAAGCGGUGCAAGCACUGCUGGACAUCCGCGUGCUGCAGAGGCUGAGGAGGCAGAAGCAGCGAAAGAUGGCAGAGCUGUCCAGUUGGAGGAAGUUCGCGAAGAGAGGUCCAAGACUGGCUGUCAUUUGCACAGGGCGCCCAGCGAUUCAGGAUCUGCAGCGGGCAGGGAUGCAGGUUCUCGUGAACUGCCUCUGUCGGAACGAUCAGCUCCACCCGACCCAGCUGCUGUCGAUGAUGGCUCCGAUUCGGAGGUGUACACGGACGACGAGUUCGAAGAUGAGUAG